AUGACGGUAGAAGCAGUGAAUCCUAAGGCGUACCCUUUAGCUGAUUCCCAGCUAGCGAUAACAAUCCUCGAUCUUGUUCAGCAAGCUACGAAUUACAAACAGCUCAAGAAAGGAGCUAAUGAAGCUACCAAGACACUGAACCGUGGGAUCUCUGAGUUCGUGGUUAUGGCUGCUGAUGCUGAGCCUCUCGAGAUUCUUCUUCAUCUCCCUCUUCUCGCUGAAGAUAAGAAUGUGCCGUAUGUGUUUGUGCCAUCGAAACAAGCCCUUGGAAGAGCAUGUGGAGUUACAAGACCCGUGAUUGCUUGUUCGGUUUUAUCAAACGAGGCUAGCCAGUUGAAGGCUCAAAUUCAGCAGCUCAAGGAUGCCAUUGAGAAGCUCCUCAUCUAAGAUUCACGUAGCUUAAUGAGUGAUGAUCUUUAUUGUGGGUUGGUGCAAAAUGCAGUUUUAGACAAGAAUAAUUAUUUAUUUUCCUAGAUUUGGUUUGUUGGUUUGAUGAUUUUGGUCUUUUCUUGAAACAUAAUGUUGAUGUAAGUAGCCAAAUGAAGCAUUAAUAAACACAAAUAUUUCCC